AUGUUCCAUGCCGCCGGCCACGAAGCCGGCUUUUCGCCGAGCUUGACGCCUCAGCGCCUCCAUGGCCACUUGUUAAUGCAGUCCUCAUUAUUGCGACUAAUUUCUAAACCUUCCAUGAUCUUGUUUUCAAUUCCUCCCCCAGACCAUCUCCACUCAACAUGGCAUCACGGCGCGACCAUCCUCAGCGCCGGCUUUGGACUGUGUGGUGUUGCUGAAACGCUCAUCGAGGCGCUCCAUCGAAGAGGCAAAGACUCGCUGCACUCUCUUGCCGCCGUAUCCAACAAUGCCGGUAUCGAAGGAAAGGGUGGCUUGUCGCUACUGAUCAGCAACGGUCAGAUCGAGAAGCUCACUCUGUCAUAUCUCGGAAACAACAAGACGCUAGAAAAGGGUUAUCUAAAUGGCGAUAUUGCUGUCGAGCUGUGCCCCCAGGGCUCACUGGCAGAGCGCAUCAGGGCCGCUGGUGCGGGCAUCCCAGCGUUCUUUACUCCUACCGGCGCACACACGCUUGUGCAAGACGGCGAAAUCCCGGUACGACUCGGUCCCGGAGGCAAAACACUCGAGCGAGGCACAAAGCGCGAGACGCGCGAGUUUGGGGGCAAGACGUUUCUCAUGGAAACUUCGCUUCCCGGCGACGUCGCCAUCCUACGAGCCUACAAAGCCGACAAAGCUGGCAACUGCAUUUUCCGAUACACAACCAAGGCUUACGGCGUGCUAAUGGCCAAGGCCGCCAAGGUGACGAUUGUCGAGGCCGAAAACAUUGUCGAGAUUGGCGAGAUUGGCCCCGACGAGGUGGACCUUCCAGGCAUCUUUGUCGACCGCAUCGUGCCAGCAACGGCAGAGAAGAAGAUUGAGAUUCUCAAGAUCCGGGAGCCCGAGAACGAGACGGCCGGCGGCAAUGGCGCCGGCAAGCAGAAUGAGCACCAAAUCCGACGUGAGCGCAUCGGAAAGCGCGCUUCCAAGGAACUACAAGAAGGCUUCUACGUGAACCUCGGCGUGGGCAUUCCCACCAUGGCGGCCAAUCACAUCCCGCCGGGCCGUACUGUCUGGCUGCAGAGCGAAAACGGAAUGCUCGGCAUGGGUCCCUACCCGACGAAAGACCAAGUCGAUGCGGACGUCGUCAAUGCUGGCAAGGAAACCGUCACCAUGGUCCCGGGCGCGUCGUGCUUUGACUCUUCCGAGUCCUUUGGCAUGAUCCGGGGCGGGCACGUUGAUGUUUCGAUUCUCGGAGCUCUGCAGGUGAGCGCCUCGGGCGACCUGGCCAACUACAUGAUUCCCGGCAAGGUCUUCAAGGGCAUGGGCGGCGCCAUGGACCUCGUCGCCAAUCCGGACAACACCAAGAUUGUCGUCGCGACCGAGCACGUCGCCAAGGACGGAUCGCCAAAGAUUGUGCAGGACUGCAGUCUGCCCCUCACCGGUGCGCGUUGCGUCAGCACCAUCAUUACUGAUCUUUGCGUCUUCCAAGUAGACCGAAAGGCGGGUGGCCUUACCCUGACGGAGCUGGCGCCUGGUGUCACCGUGGAUGAAAUCAAGAGCAAGACGGACGCCAAGUUUGCCGUGUCGAAUAACUUGAAAGAAAUGGAGUAG